AUGCUUUUGGGGAAGGCUGAUGUAAGUUUUCUUUGGUUUUUGCUUGAUUUUUUCGCGUUUAGGUAGGAGUGAAGUAUCUUGCACAAUAUUUCGGCGAUUCUUUUGAAAAACAGCCCGAACGAAGUGUUGAGGAGCAAGUUUUGGACUCAAGGCUUGUGUGUAUUCCAUUUUCUUGCCUUGUAAGGGCUGUAUUUGCCCAUUUAGAGAUAUUUUAUAUUAUUUUAGUCAAGUCUUUCAAUUUCAGAGCUGUUCAAUCGCCGAGAACGCGAUGCAUGAAGAAGAAUUCUCUUCAUACAAAUUCCUUUGCAUCACGAUUCGAGAUAGGGACGUUGUCUAUGGGAUAUUCAUGUAG